UCUUUACCUGGCUUCGUCGCGAAACGGAGGAUAGAAGACCGAUUCCAUUGAAAUUGUCCCUUUCUCCUGUUGGUGGAGUUGCAGUGUGCAAUUUCUCCAUUUUCAAGGAAAUUAAAUCGGUUUAAGAAAUGCCUGUGAGAGUAUUAGAGAGUUCGACUCCUUCUCAGGUUUCAGGUGCAAAUUCUGGUCAGACAUCAUUCCAAGCUUGUACACUUUUAGGUGCUGGCCAGGCUUUUUCCGGCACCCAGAAUGUUUCUAGCCUACAAAAGGAUGAAGCAUGGAGAGUAAAUGUGCGUAUACAGGGAUGUGACCUUGAACAUGGGUACCUAUGUGGCACUAUGGAAGCUCUGAAUGUUCCUAUGGCAGACACUCCGGUAGUAACCUUCUGGGAAGGGGAGAUUGUUGAUGCCAAGAAUUAUACUUUCUUUACUGGCAAAUGGGAAGCAACACCAGAUGAUGAUAUAAGGCACUGGACGAAGUUUUCAUCUUUCUCUCCACUACAGGCCCAAGUGGAAGCUGAUGGUGGCAAGUCAUUGGACCUGAGCAAUUAUCCUCACAUUUUUAUGAGAUGGAAAGAGCAGUACUUUGUGAAUGUUGGAACAGAUUGCGGGUUAACUAUAGCUGGCUUUUACUAUGUCUGUUUUUCUUGUAUUGAUGGUUCUAUCAGUGGGUUCUACUAUGACCCCAAUAGCAGGAAGGCUUUUAAGUACAUGGACUUUUUACAGCCCUUUCCAGAAGCUUGAGUUGAAAUCCACAAAUGAAGGCAGAUUGGGCUUCAGUUUUUCAUCGUACGAGUUACAAUAGAUUGAGUUGGGGAAUAUCAUGGGGAAGACUGCUUGAAAACUGCGUGAAAAAGAUUCCCUUUACGCGGCGAAUAUCUAGGACUAUUUCACGGCAAAGAGAAAUAUAGUGGCAAUGUGCCAUGGAGGUGGCUCUAAUUUCCGAACCAAAGAGUACAUUUGAAAUGUAAAAAUGUUUAUGUUUCUGAGACGCGUAUGAAGUGGUCCAGCCUCAUCACCUCUCUCCUGUUUUGCUGGCGUAAUAUAUGUAACUUGACUAGUCAGUUAUACUACAUAUGGAGUAUUUAUAUCUGAAAUUGCACAGAUACUAUUGAAUUCGUGAUGGAUGAACGACUUCUUUGCUGCUCCGAUCACGCUGCGUUGAACGAGUUUUUUAGAAUCGACACCAAUGUGUGUCGUCCA